UGGUGAAACAGGUCAGUGACAGGAGAUACUCCUGUAAACAAUCCAAGGAUGAAGAUAUCCGACCACAACGUCAUUCGCUUGGCAGUGUUGCAGCAUCUUCGUGUUUUUUAUGGAAUCAAGCUGAAGACUCCCCUGAGAUUUCAAGACGAUUCAAGCUCGAGGACACCAUGCAGUCAGGAGAGUUCGAAAGUUUAUGGUGUCCCACUGGAAAAUGUGUAUGCAUGUGCUGUAGCUGAGUAUGGAAUGGUACCAAGCUUUUUGGUUGACGCUUGCCAGCACCUUUCAAAGUAUGCUGACACUGAGGGCUUGUUCAGGAAAUCCAGCUCCGUCAUACGUCUGAAAUCACUUAAGGCCAAGCUGGAUCAGGGGGAGGAAGAGGACUGCCUCGCCACAGCCCUCCCUUGUGAUGUGGCGAGCCUGGUGAAGCAGUUUUUCCGCGAGCUGCCAGACCCCAUCUUUCCAGCAGAGUUGAGCCAGGCCCUGCUCCAAGCGCAGCAGCUCCCCAAUGAGAAGGAGAGGUCCUUGGCCACCCAGCUGCUGUCCUGUCUCCUGCCUGAGAGAAACUCAGCGACUCUUCGGUUCCUCUCCAGCUUUCUCCACAGGCUCUCACAAAGAGCUACUGAGAAUAAAAUGACUGCUUAUAACUUGUCAGUGAUCUUCGCUCCAAACCUCUUCCCCUCCAACACUGGUUUGAAGAUUGUUGAGGGCCAUGAUCAACUUAAAGUUGCCGUCACGCAAACCUUCAUUGAAAAUGCCCACCACAUUGGUGUCAUCCCUGAGUUUGUUAUAAAAUCGGUCCCCUCCCUACGUGAUGCAUGUCUGUUAGAGGGGAUAGACAUGGACCUGAGCAGGAAGAGGAGAGAAAGAUUCUGUGAUGCAGUUUUGCCAACAACAGUGCAGGUGACUCCUGGACUCGGAGGGCAUUCCUCUCAGCCUUCAAAAGAACGCUGCCGGGGCAGAAAGCAGAGACCUGGAGAGAGAAAAAGCUUCUGUUUGGGAAUGCUUCCACGGGUUCUUUUCAACUCGGGGCCAACCGUUUCAUUUCCUCUGGUAGCUGAAAACGAAAGAUCUAGCGGCUCAACAAAAAUAAACAGAUGUGCAUCUGUGUACCAAAAGGUCAAAAGAACUGUUAAAGAAAACAUCCGCCGUUUGUCAUCAAGCAAACAAGAGGAUCAUCACCCAGCGAUCCCACCAGCUUGGUCAUCACCAAGCUCUUCUGCUGAGACACCUCUGGGAAUGACUACAGAAAAUCUCCUGAAGGCUGACUGUGCUCCAGGAAAAAUCUCCUCUCUCUCCGGCUUACUGAGGGUGCUGUGCUGUGCCUCUGACCCUGGGCACUUGGUGGAGCCUGAACGUUCCCCCUCUAAAACUAGUGGUUUCAUCCAAGAUGGUGGUAGUGUGCUUAUAGAUUCUCAAAACAAUAACACAUCGCAAGUCAAUCCUCAUGUCGGAGACGAAGACCUAGCAUGUUCAGCUCCCACCUCGCCACCAUGUGACACCCCUGUUGGGUCAGUGUUUGCAGAGAGGACUCCUUUGUCUCAUGUGGAUACAGGACCAGCACUGUUUACGACCCCCAUUAUAACUGGACCAUCACUGUUUACGAUCCCCAUUAUAACUGGACCAUCACUGUUUACGACCCCCAUUAUAACUGGACCAUCACUGUUUACGACCCCUAUUAUAACUGGACCAUCACUGUUUACGACCCCUAUUAUAACUGGACCAUCACUGUUUACGACCCCCAUUAUAACUGGACCAUCACUGUUUACGACCCCCAUUGUAACUGGACCGUCACUGUUUACGACCCCCUUUUAUCAGGCAACAGAUUUGAAUGAGUCCAAAUACGCAGAAACAAAUCAAGAAACGACUCAAGGCGGCGGUUACAACGUUUUGGAGGCACUUGACCAAAGCAGCGAUGCCUCAGUGGAGGAUAUCCAGCAGCUAGAAAUGCUAUCCGACGCUACUCUGAACACUGCAUGUGGAUCAGCUCCUCACCAGGACCAAGAGCGCGUUCAUCUGCUGGAGCCAAGCACUAGUGCCUCGGAGACUGUCCUGGGCACACCGACAGCCACAAGGCUUCCCACAGGCAGGGUAGCAGCCCACGUUAAAAUCUUCAGCAGACUUAACUUCAGAUCCCUAACACCAAAAGCAUUCCGAUCUCCUAUUCAUUUUCAGAGGACCCCUGUUUACAAGUAUGUGAAGAGGAUAAACUCAUACAUUGAGAGGGGUUGUAUGGACAGGGUUAGCUUCAGAGGGGCUAAACAAUAGCGAGACAGACACACACUCUCUAUUCUUCUGUUAGGCAGACUAGAAAUGAAAUAAUUUGGCCUCUGAUGUGAAUGUCUGUCUUUUGAGUAUCGGUGCUUUUAUAGAGUUGUUUUUUAGUCGUGUGUUGACUGUCACAAUUGUUUCACAACUUUGGUGUAGGUUUAGUAGAACUGUUUUCUGAUUUCUCUGUCUAAAUUGUUUCAGUUCUGUACAGUGUAGUUCAAUAACUUGUUUUAUUUUAAGAUGUAGUGUUUUAUUAAUGUAUUGUUAUCAUCAUUAUAAUUCAUGAUUGUUUUUAAUCGGCUUGGUCUCUGACUAAUCCAAAAUGUUAUCAAUAUGUGAUUGUUCCGUGUUUUUUUGUAUCAAGAGGAAUAAUAAAGUCUGCGCAUUGCCAUUCUGUGUG